GAGAGAAAGGGAGGGGGAAAGGGAGGAGGUUCCACAAUACAGGGACUGCACUCGCAGUUCAAGUCAGAUUAGAACACUCAUACGGACAGUGAAGAGUGCAGCUCCAUCAGACGGACACUGAGGCGAACGCACUCAUCUGGGAACAGCUGGUAGCUGUUGACUUCUAAUGUCACAGUGGACACAGUGAAGAUUUCUCUGCAGUUUUGGCUGUGCACUGAGUGGACACUGAGUGGACCCUGUUGUAAAAAGUGCUGCAGAAAUAAUUUUAAACUGAAUUAAGUGGACCCUGAGUGGAUCCUGAGUGGACUCUGAGUGCUUGCCUGGAUGCCGGUUGACGUGGUGAUUGCUCCUCCACUGUGGACAGACAUGCACGAGAGUGAGAUGAAGCUGAAGAUUCGUGUGCGGCGCAUCAAAGAGGGACGCGACUUACGAGGAGGCUUUGCAGCCUUCUCCUCCUGCUUCCCUGAUCUGUGUGAGAGCAAGCAGGCAUCUAUACUCCCCCUCAGCCUGUCUCAGCCAUGCCUACCUGUGGCCAACUUGGGCCCAACCCGCAUUCUGCCUCACCUGUACCUGGGCUCACAGAAAGAUGUCCUCAACAAGGAACUCAUGGCUCAGAAUGGUAUCACCUACGUCCUGAAUGCCAGCAACACCUGUCCAAAGCCAGACUUUAUCAGCGAGAACCACUUCCUGCGCAUUCCCGUCAACGACAGCUACUGUGAAAAGCUGCUUCCCUGGCUGGAGAAAACCAAUGAAUUCAUUGACAAAGCCAAAUUGUCAAACUGUAGAGUCAUUGUCCACUGUCUGGCAGGAAUCUCCCGCUCCGCAACCAUUGCCAUCGCUUACAUCAUGAAAACCAUGGGCUUGUCAUCGGAUGAUGCCUACAGGUUUGUGAAAGAUCGUCGGCCCUCGAUAUCUCCUAACUUCAACUUCCUAGGACAGCUGCUGGAGUUUGAGAGAGACUUAAAGCUGAAGACCCCUUUACCAUGCAGCCCUCUGAGGUCAACACCUGACCACCCCGAGGAUGCCACUAAGGUCAUAGUGGAGCAGAGCACCGAGAAUAGCCGGCCUUACCAAAGAACCCAAGAAACGGUGGUGGUGAAAGCCAAGCCGCCCUCACCUACCUCGCUGCAGAGAGACCUCAGCAGCCUCAACCUGUCUGCAGACCAAGUCCUCCACAACAGCCGACUCAAAUGUUCCUUCUCCCUCGACAUCAAGUCUGUCUACUCUUCAAACCAGCACCGUCGAGCCUCCCCCAGUAUCUCACAAACAGACUCAGAAAACAUGCCCAAGCUUUUCAAACUUGACAGUCCAAAGAACACCAACCAUGAGUGCCGGUAUGCUUCAUCCCAAGACAUCCCAAGUCCAGCUGAGUCACAGUGUUCACCUGUCAUGAUGGAACCAAAGCUAAGUCACCGGAUGGACAGACAAGACAAUGGUAGAUUUGAGAGGUUAUCAGCUACAACUCUUUCUCUCAAUCUAAACCAGAAUAAGCAAAUUCCAGUAAUACAUGACCCUGUCCAUGGCACCAAUGGGAAGGCAUCUUCCUUCCUCAGCUUGCCCUUGGAUACCUCUGGCAUCUGGACCAAGCACAGAAGCACCACCCAAGCCACCACACCCAUCACACCUACGGAAGAACACCCGUGGUUCUUUGGCUCAGACCUAGAUGGCUCUUCGGUGACAACUGCUGGUAGCUCUGUGCGAUUUGGUGGUACUUUGAGCAGUGCUCCCAGUUCCAGUGUACAGAUGUCCUGGGACAAACCUCAGAUGGAGACACAGUUCAAGCGGCGCAGUUGCCAGAUGGAGUUUGAAGAGAUCACGACUGGCAGCACAGAAGACUUUGGCAAGCUUGGGAAGCAGUCCAGCUUUUCCGGCAGCAUGGAAGUCAUCGAGGUAUCAUGACAAAAAAAAGGUCUGAAGUGAUACUGGCCACUGUGAAGCUUCCAAAGCUCAGAGAUACCACAUGAAAGAAGACUUUACUUACUAGAGAGAUCUAUUUUGAAAGAUCUGCUCUCUCUCAUAUGGUUUUACUGGACUGAACAGAGAUUACUUGGGAGAGACCAGUUGGGAAAGGACAUGGUGCAUGCACAGAUGCAUGCAAUUAUGAGCCACUGCGCUAUGUUCUCCAAAGAACGGUCCAAAGUGCUGUAGAGCUUUGGUGCUCCCUGUACUUAUGUGAUAGGGAUAAUGGAGUAGAUGACAUAAGUCACACCAAAGGGCAAAAAUGAACUCGUGCAAACGUGUCAUCUUGAGAUGCCCUCCACAUGAAGGAUUCACACUAGGGAAAUUUAUUUUACAGCAUGGCUAAAGAAACGUCAAUAUGAAUGAGCUCGUUACAAAGCAAUAGAUUGUUUCUAUCAGCCCGACAACAACUUUAAAGUAAAAUAUUUGCUGUAUUAUAUUUACGCUCCAUUUUUGAGAUCAUUUUAGAGGGCUCUUUAAUAUUGUCAACAGUGUUAUCAGCUGCCUUGAGGAUUCAAUAGUUUGUGAAGAUAGACUGUGUGUUAAACUGAGAUGAACUCUCAGACAUACUACUGUUCACUGGGCAUGCUCAGAAAUGGCUGGCUACCUACAAACAGACAAGCUGCACCCUAGCAGUACUAAGCUUUACAUGUAUGCAGAAUUAUUACAUAUAUAUAUAUAUAUAUGUAAAAGAAAAAAGGUAACUGCAAUUUAAAUGGACUAUUUAAUGUUUUAUGCAUUAUUGUUUUAAUUUAUUGUAUCAGUUUCAUUCUGGCAAUGAGCAAUAAUAUAAUAUUUGAAGAUU